AUGUGCAACAAGCUUUUUGAUUUGCAGCAAGCGGCGCACGCGACGUUCACGUUUCCUAACGCCUUGGACGAACCGGCCGAAAGGUGGCUCAAGCCGAAGACGGGCGACUGGUUGGAGGGGAGUAGACGCGCGCUGGCCUUGAGGGAUAUUGCCAUUGCUAUGAGGGAGAACGGCUGCGAAGUGCAGCCAUGGGAGCAUGUAGCGGAGAACCCGGCUAUGAAUCUGAUCGGAAAGCUUCAUGGACCUGACUCGUGGGGUCUCGGGCUUGGACGGUUUGCGCAAGAACUACUCGACGAAGUGGAGCACCACGCCGACACUUCGUGGUGCUUGAAGAUCUACUCUGCACACGACACGACGCUCUUCCCCGUGCUCGCGCUCUUCGAAAACAAGGCGCAUCGCGGCGUCCCCGCGUUUGCGGCAGACCUCGUCAUGGAAACCUGGGUGCCGCUAGAAGCGAGCCGCGAAACCGAGCCGCGUGUAAGGCUCGUGUACGAGGGAAAACCAGUCGCCGUGAGCGGGUGCGAGCAGUACGGAGACCUUUGCCCGCUCAGCAAGGUUCGCGAGGCUGUUGCGAGGCACAUUCCCCACGACCGAGAGGGAGCUUGCGGCGGGACCAUGGACCAGCGGAGACGGGAGAUAGGGGAGGGGCAGAGGGCCGGGGAGGGCACCACAUUGGUUGUGACGUUCCGCGGCUCCUUUGGCCGCUGA